CGCCACUGGCGCAAUUAAGAAUCGUCGGUAAAACCAGCUCUUGUAUAAAUAGCCUUCAUACGCUCGAUUCAACUACAAUCGAUCAAAUCAUGUUUCCAAUCAAUUCGCUGAUUGUUUUUGCGGUUUGUGGGCUGGUGGCCGCUCAAGAUGUGCCAGCCUCGCCCUGUCCGGACGCUUUCCAUUACUCCACGCGCCCCAAUGGAGAGGUUUUCGGGCGCAUCACGCUCCCCUACGAUGACACCACCGCGCUCCAUUUGGGCGUGAACGCCUCCAUGAAAGGCUACCACACGGACAACAGACGCGUGAAAUUGACGGUGAAAAUGGUCACACCAGGGGCGGACAUCAUCCAGCGCAGAACCAGCAUUUUGAACUACGAUCUGGAGUUUCCGUUCCAGAAUGUGGUGCCAAAAAUCACCCAGAUCCAGUAUAACGGGCGCACGUACUGCACUGGACCGCCGGAACAACUGGUCGCUGGCACGCCUGGAGUGACCAGCCUAUGGGCCGGACACAACUACUACUUUCAGCCAACUGGCAACAGUGUCGCGCCCGCCGCCACUGGUGUGGAGCAUCCACAGCCGCCCACUGUCGAGGCGAAUUUGCAGGCCGUCCAGCCAAAUCAAAGAAUUCCAGAAUUACCGGUUUCCAAAGCGGCGGCCAAUCAGAACGUGGAGUGCGGCGUGUCACGAAACGUCAUCGUUCCAUUAAUCCUGGGCGGCACUGAAGUGGCCGAUGGAAUGUUUCCAUGGUUGGCGGCCAUGUUUGCGGCAUCUGGCAACGGUUACCAAUACAAAUGCACUGGAAAUCUCGUAUCCAGGAAACACGUCAUCACUGCGGCGCGCUGUGUGAGCUUCUUCAAAAUCCAGCUGGUAAGCACCGAAGAUGUUCUGUUCGUUUUCGGUAAGAGCAAGUUGAAGAAUUGGGCGACUAGUGGCGCCGUGACUAGGGGAGCGGCCGCCAUCAGUACCAAUCCGGACUUUGAUGCCAACUCCGGUCAUGGCGAUAUUUCGGUGAUAACUCUGGAUCGUCCGGUGGACUUUUCGCGGUCAAUCGCGCCCAUUUGCCUGUGGGAGGGGGACAGUGACGUUGACACCAUUGUGUCCAAAACCGGGACAGUGGCCGGGUGGGGGGCGGACGAAGCCGCCCAAAAGUCUGGACACUACAGCGUUUCGGUGGCCAAGUCCCUGGACAUACCGGUGGUGUCCACGACUAGUUGCCUUUACUCCAACUUUACCUACUACCAACUGACUUCCGAUUCAACAUUUUGCGCCGGUAAGCGCGACGGCACCGGCACUUGCAUCGGCGACAGUGGUGCCGGCUUUAUGAUGCUGAAAAACCAGAAAUUCUACCUGCGCGGCGUGAUGUCGCUGGUGCUGAGCGACGCUGGAAAAUGCGACCUUGCCAAUUUUAUGGUGUUUUGCGACGUUGCCAAAGUCCUGGACUGGGUAAAAAAAUCGAUGGCUAACUGAGGCCGGAUCAGUCUGGCAACGUUCAAUAUACGCUUUCCAGCAAC